UCAACGCCCGGCAGAAGUAAUCGAAGCAAGUUCGAAGAGCGCUACAUCGAGACCUCAAAAAAACCAAAAAGGAAGCAACAUGUCAUACUACGACGACGAACGCCGCCAUCAUCAUCAUCAUCAUCACCACGGAGGACGUCCCAUUGUCGAGGUGGACAUUGUGCCACCAAGGAUUCCGCGUCCCGUCGUUGAAAUCGAUAUUGGCUCCCGCUAUCCCCCACCCCCAUCCUAUCGGCCGGAAGUGGUCGAGGUGGUGACACCAGCGGCUGUCUACCAACCGCCACCGCCGCCACGCCCCAUUGUCGAGGUGGAAGUGAUGCGACCCAAUCGACCACUCAUCGAGUUCAACAUUGGCGGACGUCGUCCGCCACCACGUGAGGAGGUCGUCAUCGUCCAGCAGCAGCCCAGAUGGUAACCAGUGACCAGUUCGAUAUAUAAUUGAAAAUUCAUUUCAAAUGCUUCAGCCAUAAGUUUAAAUGUCCAACAACAAAAGUAUUUAUUUAUAAUUGAAAUUACAUUAUCAUGUGACCAGUAGAAACAAAAAAAACACACACACAAAAAAGAAGAAAAAAAAAACAUUAAAUAUUUAUUUGUUAUGCCAUUGGCAUAAAUAUGAAAUUAAAACCUCUUUUAAAAA